CACAGAGAGAGAGAGAGAGAUAUAAGGAGGUGAGGAGAGGAGAAGAGGGAUAACAUAACCCUGGAUUUCACUUCCAUGAGAUCCUGAACAAGACUGCGCAAAACGCACACGCAGCGCACGGGGGGGGAAGCAUCACCUUCUCCGCGGUUAACUUUUCUCCGUCUCGCCGUGGAAGCGUCGCGCGCCGCUUUCUGGAGGAUCUCACGCACAGCGGUGUCUGGGAACUAUACGCCGGUGAUCGGUAAUCGGUGAUGGGGGCAUCGGCCGCAGAACUCGGGGGGUUCUCAAGCGUUUUCCUUAAUAGCUUCGGUUCCCCCGGUGCCGUAUCGGCGUCUACCGGCUCCCAUUUCAUCUUUCCCGCGGCAGGGGCUGUGGACUAUAAUACUGCCGGUACCGGACGAUUGGGCACGCUGGGGCAGCAGCAGAGCGAGCAGCAGCGCGAGCAGCUGUUGUCGGCGGAGCGGCUGUCCCGGAGCCUCGCGGAUCUCAGCCACCUGAAGGGCAUCCUCCGCCGGCGGCAGCUCUACUGCAGAACCGGCUUCCACCUCGAGAUCCACCCCGACGGCUCCGUGCAGGGCACGAGGAAGGACCACAGCAGGUUCGGUAUCCUAGAGUUCCUGAGCGUGGCCGUGGGUCUGGUCAGCAUCAGAGGGGUCGACAGCGGGCUGUACCUCGCUAUGACCAGCAGGGGACGCCUGUACGGAUCUGAGAAGCUGUCCGCGGAGAGCGUGUUCAGGGAGCAGUUUGAGGAGAACUGGUACAACACCUACUCCUCCAACAUCUAUCGCCACGGCGACAGAGGCGCGUACUACUUCGUGGCGCUGAACAAGGACGGCUCGCCGCGGGACGGGACACGCUCCCGACGCCACCAGAGGUUCACCCACUUCCUGCCCCGGCCCGUGGACCCGGACCGGGUGCCGGAGCUGUACCCGGGCUGGCUGGGUCAGAGCUGAGGCCCGGAGAAGCCCCCCCCCGUCCCCCGUCCCCGUCCCACACGCCGGGACCAGGACUGGACUGGGGAACUGAAGCCCAGCACCUAGCAUCUGGGUUCCUUCGGGUCUUUGGGGGGCGACUCUGAGCAUGAAACCAAAACGCACCUCAGCGUGUGCGCCGCGGUCAGAAGGCACGGGACAGAGAGCCGACGCAGGUCUGCACAGCUCUCCUGGGGCCGUCUCCAGCCAGGUAGCGUGAGGCUCUGGCCAGAGGCUGGCUGCCCCUCUGGUUAGCCUCUCUGUGGGGUACAUGGUUCUCUAAGACGAAGGCCCCGAGGCUCAGAGGAGACAGAGCUCAGGGGGUUUGGAGGACCAGCACGGUGUAAGGAUGUCUGCCACCGUCAAUGCCCGGACGCUGACUGACCGGACUCCCCACCUCACCGCUUGGUUCCAUUGCAGAAACCCCCGGGGUUGGACCAUGACUGGACUGGGUACGGCCACCCGUGGGCGCCAGCGGCUGAGCCCUCUGCACUAGUGCUACUGGGUGCAUGAGGAAUAAGAGCCUCGUCGAGGUGGACUUCUGAGCAUUCUGUGUUCUGGGACUAAACCCUGCAGGGGAGGAACCUUCUGGGACCAGGACCCACGCAUGGGGCCGCCGCCGCGACGCACACAGCUGUCGUCACGCCUCGCUCUUAUUUAUGCAUUUUGCUUCCACCCCCGGAUAUAUAUUUAUUUGAUAUAUUUAUUUAUUUUGAGAAUAUAUUUUUACAGAUAUAAUGUAAGCUAUAAUAAAAGUUCAACAGAAGCCACGA